AUACUCCAUUCUAUUUUCCCUCAUUGCGUGCAUAGCACGGGUAAGUAAUUUCCACAUCUUCCUAAGUCAAAUAUUUCUUUCCAAAAAGAUAGGAGAGCAAUUAAUAAUGGCUUUGACCAAAUAUAUUUUAUCAUAUAAUGUGGCAUAAUCGUCAUCGUUCAUUGAAUGGGUCUCAUUUACGUAGAGCUAAUAUCAAGCGUUGUAGACUGUGCCACAUCAGAUGGUAAAUGAUGAAGAUCAAAGUGUGAUAAUAAACAUACUAAUCUGGAUUCAGAAGACCUGGUCAAAUCACCCAAUCGAAAAUUUAUUAAACCCCUUGCAUAAAUAGGGAGGGUUUCGAUGUUCCCUUGGUCGAGUUUUUAUAAAAAUCAUUGUUGCCGAUUAAAAAAAGUAUGUAAAUAGGGAGGGUUUUGUUGUAAACACGAUUGCGACCCUCCGUUCUUGGUUUUGAUCUAUCAUUCGUGGUUUUUCUUAUUAAGAAUGGAAUGGAAGUUUUUCAAAGAGCAAUUACGAUGAAAUUAAGCCACGAUGGCUUGUACCUCGUCGCAAAGGACGACCAAGAAUCCGUGUGUCUAGAGCGCGAAGGCUCGUCGAAGAAUGCGAUUUGGGCUGUCGAAUUCGUUAACGGAAAGGAAAAUAAGAAUUACGUGCGCUUCAAAAGUUGUUAUGAUAGGUACCUCACGGCGUCGAACGUGUUGCUUCGCCAAGGGUCGAGCGAGAGGAAAGUGCUUCAAACCCUCCAACAAGAUGAACCGUGCAUUGAUUGGGAGCCGAUACGAGACGACUUCAUCUCGUGGCGGUUCCAAACGCCGUUCGGUAGCUUUUUGCGGCGGAAUUGGGGGUUACCGCCGUUGUGGAACCCUGUGACUCAUGACAUUCCUCGUCGAAUGCGCAUUCACAAGGUCUUGUGGGACGUUGAGGUGUUGGAGGCGAUGCCGAAAUCACUGUUCUCAUAUCCGUUGCCUUUGCCAUUGCUGCUGAACGUGAACGGUGAUUCAUCGUCGCCUUUGCCAUUGCCGUCGAACGUGAACGGUGACUCAUCGGCGUCGUCGGACGUGAAUGUUCCAGCGGAUAGUUCACCACCGACCGUUGCACCUUCCAAAUUUGGAAAGGAUGAACAACAGGUUGCAUGGCCUUUGCCUCGUCCUCCAAUAAGUUUGAUCGGACAUAAAUAGAUAAUAUGGCGUAAUGAAGAUUCAUGCAUGUGUGCAUAUGGAAAGGGAUUUGUACAUGAUGGUCAAGAACUUGUUCUAUACGUAAAUCACACAAAGACACUUUCAUUGAUAUAUCCACAAAACAAGA